CCCCCCCCCCCGCGUCUCCCCAGCCCCCAACCCACCGCAGCGCGGCGGAAUCCAAUUCCAAGCCCACCAAAUCGACCGACCUCGGAGAUCCAGAAGGAUCUAGAAGAAGCGAAGGUACCGUCAGAAGAGUUGGAGGAGGAAGGGGAAGAGCAGGAGGAGGUGGUGGCGAAGUCUGCGGCGCCGGCGCCGGCUGGGGUGUCUGCGAUGAUUACCCGGUCGAAGCUGGUGGAGCAGCUGCGAGACUACCAGAUCCGAUCCCAGCACAAGCGUGACAUUAUUGGAGCAAUCUCAUGGGGCUUGCUGUGUUGUUUUCUGAUAAUAUCCUCGUACAUGACACUAUACUUCAGGCACUUCUGGCUGUCCGCUGUUAUUAUCUCACUCGGUAUUCUUCUUCCUGCUGGCUUGUAUGUUUUGAGGCAGAGAAAGCUGGCUAAGAAAAGAGAGAGAAGACUAUUGUUGCCUCUCUCCAUGUAACGCUGUGGUUAGGUGCCUUGAUUUUGCGCUUCUUCUUGUCUAGAUAGAAUCCGCAUUCUUGGCUUGUGGCUUGCUUAGCCCACAUCCAACAUUUUAUACGUCUCGGGCCCCUAAUACCUAAUACACAUCCUUACUCUUUAGCCUUUUGCAAUGUGCUACAAGAGAUUUGAUUAUUUUGCCAGCUCCCAUGUUGUGCGAGUGGAUAUUCUCCAGUGCUUUGUGGGUGUAGUAGCUCCCAUGUUGUGCGAGUUGAUCGAUACCUGCAGCCUGAAGAAAUAUCUCAAUGUGUCGGAUGCCUUGGGUAUCACACUUUUGUAUCUAAAUAAAAUUAGUUGUUUUGUAAUUUUGAUGGAAUUUGUAAGCUUCAUAUCCACCCUAGAUGAAGCUCAAGUUCGUUUCUAGGUUCAAAUGAGGACGCUGGAUGAUUCUUGGUUUCUUAUGUCCAGUUGAUGUUUGUUUUGUUAAAGCUGUAUGUCGGACAGCUGAGUACAGCUAAGUACUGAAUACUUUCUUGCCCCUGAAAUACAUUGUACUGGCAGUCGUUGCAACAUGCAUUGCUUCGAAUUUUAACA